UGUCUCAAGUAAGAGACAAAAGAGAGGUGGACACCAUGUCUUCAUCUUCUCUCAUUACUUCUUCCUCGCCCUACACCUCCACGUUCCUCCAUUACUACAACCUCUAAUUGGUAUUCGUCUGAUCUCAAGCUCUUUUGCGUUCAUUACUUCACAUUCAUUUCUCUUUCGCUACAAAUACUUCCCCAAACCUCAACAUUUUUUUCCUCAACAAGUUUCUCUCUUUCACCAUGUCGCCUUCAUAUCUUCUUCUUCUUCUUCUUCUCUUUCUGUGCUUUUCCUUCCAAACUUGCAAUGGUCGGCGCCUUACCAGUUUCAGUAACAAGAAUAUAGAGGAGAAAUCUCAUUUCCUUCUGAAGAAUGGCAGUAAGGAGAGUGUUAUUGCUGUUUCUCCAAAGCAACUUAUUACGCAGAGAAAUGGAUCAGAAGAGGAAGAGAGGAAAACGACUGAGAUAAUGGUCGCUGAAGCUGAGAAUAAGCCAAAAUUGAAUACAAGAAGAACCAGGAAGAUCAGGGUGUUAAAAGUAGUGAAGGGGAAAACAGGUUCAGUUUCUUCUUCAAAAACUCAUGAAUCUCAUGUUUCAGUUUCUUGGAGUGUGCCUCCCAAGAAGAAAAGGGGCUACAAAAAUCCAGGCUUUAACUUGGAUUAUUCACCACCAAAGACUCAUCCUCCUUCUCACAACUGAGUUACAUAUAUGUGUGUGUGUGUGUUCCAUGUUAAUAUACCUAUAUGAAGUGCAUGCAAUUUUCCCUGCUGAAUUAUGUAUAAUGGGAAGCCCUGAAGGAGAAGAAGCAGAUAAAUCAAUUGACUGAGAA